AUGGAAACAAGAAUCCCAGAGGUGUGUUUGAGCUCAGGCUCCUCGUCAAAGGCGAUGCCGCGCAUCGGCAUGGGCACGGCGGCGUACCCUUUCGUGUCGUCGGAGGCCACGCAGUCGGCGAUAUUGCACGCCAUCAAGUUAGGGUACCGGCAUUUCGACACUGCUGCAUUGUAUCAGUCCGAGGAGCCGCUUGGCGAGGCGGUGUCUGAGGCCGUCCGGUCGGGGGUCAUCGGUACGCGGGACGAGCUCUUCGUCACCUCCAAGCUGUGGUGCAGCGACGCGCGUUGCGACCGCGUCGUGCCGGCGCUGAGAAAGACUCUUCAGAACCUUCAAAUGGAGUACAUUGAUCUCUACCUCAUUCACUGGCCCAUGACGGUUAAGCCGGGAAAGUAUGAGUUCCCAUUUCCCAAGGAUGAGAUCGAGCCCUUCGACAUGAAAUCCGUGUGGGAGGCAAUGGAGGAGUGCUUGAGAUUGGGCUUAACAAAAGCCAUUGGAGUGAGCAAUUUCUCUUCCAAGAAGCUCCAAGCAUUGCUCUCCUCUGCACAAAUUCCCCCUGCUGUUAAUCAGGUGGAAGUGAAUCCUCUUUGGCAACAAAGGAAGUUGAGGGAGUUGUGUGUGGCUAAGGGGAUUCAAAUAUGUGCUUGGUCUCCUUUGGGAGCAAGAGGUGCACUUUGGGGGAGUGAUGGGGUAAUGGAAUGUGCUGUUCUCAUGGAGAUUGCUGAGGCUAAGGGGAAGACUCUGGCUCAGAUAUGUCUAAGGUGGGUGUAUGAACAAGGAGAUGUUGUGCUGGUGAAGAGCUUCAAUGAGAAGAGGAUGAUGGAGAACUUGGACAUACUUGGCUGGGAAUUGAGUGAAGAGGAUAACCACAAAAUUAGCCAAAUCCCACAGUGCAAAGGAUAUCAAGGAUUGGACUUUGUCUCCCCUAGUGGGCCUUACAAAUCCCUCAAGGAGCUUUGGGAUGGUGAGAUUUGAUUCAAUUAUUGGGGGGAGAGAGAGAGAGAGAGAGAGAUUGCAAAGUCACUCUGUUAGUUGUGUUGGCCAAUGAAAGCUCACUUAAUUACUGUAAUAAAUAAUGAGCUAGGCUCGAAUGCUUCUAAAAAUAAAGAAGGUUGUUUGCUUGUGUGUCA